AAGUGCCUGUCAGCUAUUUCAAUGUAGCCACAGGAUGCUUAACUAACACAGAAAGCCAGUAUCAGUAAGGGGGGCUGUGAGGAGAGAAGACGAGUCUCAGCCUAGAAACAGAGAUGGUAGCUCCUUAUCAUCUGCAAUCCAACCAAUUUUAUCUUAUUCUAUUUCCUGUUCAUCCCUUUGCUGGCGAAACAGAAAGAAAAAAAAAUGUACCCUAGGGGUUCCUAGCCUGAACACCUUACCCACACCACCAAACAUUUAGGAACGUGGAGGAGAGGGGCUUCUGGCCACUCAUGGAGUGGCUGUUCACUGUGUGCUUUCUGAGACACCUUACUUCCUCCAUCCAACCCCUGGGUCCCCAUAGCAACCCAUGUCCACACCCUACUCCACCAGGGUUCAUUUCACGGUGAGUGGAAGAAGUAUGUUGUCUCCCUUGCCUCUCCCACAGCGAACUCUUUCCUUCUCUCUUCUUCCCACACACUCAAGGCCUCGGCUUUGGGGGACCCCUUCGAGCAGGAAGUAACUCAUCUGGCAGAUAGGCAGCUCCUAGUCUCUCCUGAACCGGAACUCCCUCUAGACAACAAAAACAGGCUGUCAUCUACUUGAAUGAAGAAGGCACUUGUAUACUAAUAUUGUAAAGAGGAACAUGAAGGGAGGUGAGUCUGGGGGUGAACAACCCACCUCCAGGGUAGUCUGGGAUCUUCUCUCUUCGUAGCUAUAGGUCUUUAUAAGUAUAAUACAUUCCCUAGGCACAGUCCUGGCCCCAUCCCUACCUAUCCAGCAAUAGACGUAAGACCCAACUCUGUUUCUCUCCCAAAUGGGACUGGGUUGGAGCCCUCUUCCCUAGGUCGUUUCCCUAGCCUCCACUCCCACCCAAAGGGAAGGAGCUGGGGUCCUUCUUGAUUAUGUUACCUCCUGGAGAUUCUCCCACCUUUUGCUCUGACUCGACGCUAUGCAUGGCUCAGGCAAAGGCUUGCUGAACGCUUCCAACAGUACUGUGAUCAAAGGAGAGUGGAGCGAUUCCUUGCUGAGUCCGGUUUUCACGUACACCUGGAUAAAAAGUGUUGCCCUGACCGCUGCCGGCCCUGCUGGUGUUUGGCGAGGAAAGUUGCCUUUCACACACAAGAGCUGGCGUCAGCUCAAUUAGCAGGCCAGCCUGGUUGCUGCUCUUGGACUCUUGUCUAAACAGGACCUGGCCUUCAGGCAACCACAGGGGCGGGGGCGUCUACGGAUGGCAGCCCAAUCCUACCAGACCAGCCAUGGGGGAGGACUCUGCUCCUUCUUAAGAUCCAGCCUGUCAAGCCAGGGCUAGAAAGCCAGUCAGCCAGCCGCCCCUUGCAGUCUCCACCUGUCUUUACAGAGCUGGGGAGAGGAGCCCAGCCCACAGUUAGUGCUUGGAAGCAUAGACCAGACUGACCACAUCUGCCACAUCACCCGAGAUCUGCUAGCAUGGCCAACCAGCUGACUGAGGAGCAAAUCGCCGAGUUCAAGGAGGCUUUCUCUCUGUUUGACAAGGAUGGGGAUGGCUGCAUCACCACCCAAGAACUGGGCACUGUCAUGAGGUCCCUGGGUCAGAACCCCACAGAGGCUGAGCUCCAAGACAUGGUGAACGAAAUCGACAAGGAUGGAAACGGCACCGUGGACUUCCCCGAGUUCCUGACCAUGAUGUCCAGGAAGAUGAAAGACACCGACAGCGAGGAGGAGAUCCGGGAGGCCUUCCGGGUGUUUGACAAGGACGGCAACGGCUUCGUCAGCGCAGCUGAGCUGAGGCACGUGAUGACCAGGCUUGGGGAGAAGCUGAGCGACGAGGAGGUAGAUGAAAUGAUACAGGCGGCGGAUACAGACGGCGACGGGCAAGUGAACUAUGAGGAAUUUGUUCACAUGCUAGUGUCCAAGUGAGGCUGCGCCAGAAACUGGUACAGCCAGGUGCCCACGAGGCUCCUGGGCUCCAAGCUUAGCUGGGUAAUAGCUACCCUCACUGUGGCGGGAAUCUUACCCAGGCCUUAGAUGUCUUUCCCUGUUUCCCAGCUUCCCCUGGGCUCUAUGGACUGCACCCACAAGUCUGCCUUUCACUUUCUGCAUCUUAUUCUGCCAACUUCCUACCAGCUCGUUCCCCUUGACUGAGAAGGCCUCCGGCUGAGACAGGCAUCAACUCCUCCUAGCCGGCAAGAGCUGAAGCAGAAAGUCCCAUCUCUGUAUGGAUAAUGAGCCGAAGGACCCACACUCCUAUUUGUUUGCUUGCUUGUUUGUUUUUUCCUUUUCUUCUUUUUCCCCGUUUCCAACAGAAAUGAUCUGUCACCACCACCCAACGCAUCAAGGUGGCCUGUGGCCAUCAGUUCACACGUCAUAGUUCUUGUACAUCUUUGGCUGAAGACUGCAUCUGUUGAAUUUGGAAAGGAUCUGAGGAUUGGGACGAAGGGCAAUGGUGGAGGUUUUAAUGACUGAGGUUAGACUGUGUGGAAAAUAUCCCUUCCCUUCUGUGCAGACUUGCUUGCUCCUUCCUGUCUCAAUCAAAUCCUGGUUUGUUUGUUUUUUGGUUUUUUUUUUUUUUUUGUAUGUUUGUUUUUGGGUUGGUUUUUGUUUGCUUGCUCUUGUUUUUGUUUUUCUUUGUUUGGCUUUUGAGCUGAGAGUAAAGCUGGGGGGGUCAUUGUAGCAUGUUUGUAUCCAUCUAGAAGGAAAGAAAUUUAAAUACAAGAGAGAGGGAAGCUUCAGGGGAAUAAAUGAGUAAAUGACACCCAUGCUCCUACUCCUUCUGCUUCUAACUAAAACACUGUUUCUUGUCUAGGAGAUAAACCAGUCAGCAACUUCCGUUUUGUUUUGUUUUGUUUUAAUGUGUGUGUGUGUGUGUGUGUUUUUUUUUUGUAAAUGCAAUAAAUUCCUAGAUUGGUGUGUAUAGAAAA